UCUUUCCCUUUCACAUAUUGCGGGAAUUUAGUGUAUCAAUCUGUCUUUAAUUGAAACGUAUCGAUCUGUUUUUAAUUGAAAUGUAUCGAUCUGUCUUUAAUUGAAAUUUUUGUGUAUAUGAAGUUUAAAUUUCAACAAACUUUCCUUUAGAUUAAAGUGGUGCUUAAUUUAGUUUAUAUGUGCACAUAUCGAUUAUUUUACCAAUUAUAUACAUGUUAUUUUCUAUUUACAUAAGUAUAUCGAGUAAUUCUGUCCAUAAAGUUUUACUAGUUUUAUAGUAUGAAGGAGAGUGGUGGUAGAAAACAAGGUGCAACUUCUCCAUGUGCAGCUUGUAAGUUGUUAAGGAGAAGAUGUACACAAGAUUGUGUUUUUUCACCUUAUUUUCCAAGUGAUGAACCACACAAGUUUGCAAGUGUUCAUAAAGUAUUUGGAGCUAGCAAUGUGAACAAGAUGCUUCAGGAAUUGCAAGAAUAUCAACGAGGAGAUGCAGUGAGUUCAAUGGUGUAUGAGGCAAAUGCAAGAAUAAACGAUCCAAUUUAUGGUUGUGUUGGAACUAUUUCAUCUUUACAUCACCAAAUUGAAUUUCUACACACACAAUUAGCAAUUGCACAAGCUCAGUUAGUCCACAUGAAGAUGCAACAAUUCUCAUCCAUGUCAGGUGGCGGCGGCACCGCCGCCAACUCAUCGGGAAACGUAUGGUCACCGUCAUCUCGACACUUGCAAUUAGAGGUGCAUCCAGAAUUUGAAAUUUAUGGCUCCCUACAACAACCUCAAAUUAAUAUAUAACAGUUCACAAUUAUAUAUUUUUCUUAAUACAUAUAUAAGGCUCGAAUAUAGUUUACUAAUUAGGUUUACGUGAAUUCGUGAUUUUUAAGCGAGAUCCACCUUUGCCAUUUCACUUUUUUACAAUGGAUAUGGUAUGGUAGAACAAGUCAAUGAAGUUUCAUUGUAUUAUGUUAGAGUCGGAUUCAAGAUUGAAGUUCCAUUGUAUUAAGUUAGAGUUGGAUUCAGGAUUUUUAAUUUGAUCCGUUGGCAAGUAUUAGUAUACCUAUUACAUUUUUUUUUUUGUAACAUGGGAUGAGCUAGACUUUGUUAAAAUAUGUAUACUUUUA